GGUUGGUUACCCGGCCAAUGACAGAAUGCAUUUAUUACUGUUUACUUAGCUUGGCGACGUUAAGGAGGCUUUUCUUCCACGCGCUGCUCCUCUAACAGAUGGCUCUGCAUCGAACCCGGCCCCCCAACAAUGCAAUUCGCUGGAUAAAAUCAAGAAUGCCGCCCAAACCCGCCUAGAAUUUUCGUUGUUUCUUUUCUCGAGCACCCGACAUCCCAAGAGACACGACCUGCCCAUGAAUGCCCACCCCGUAUGUGUCUUUGAUUCCCGAAAGAAGAGAGGGAAAGGGCAGGAAGGAAAGGAAAAAAUACAAUGACAGAUCUAUCAUGGCCCGCCCUCGCAAAACUCCUGAAGACAGAUGCAGAUUUACCCGUUCAACCGAUUCUUCGAGGAGACGACCGAAAGUGCCCCUUUGUUGCCGUUAACCGAAACCGAAGAGAUGGAGCAUGCCGGCCAUGCUGCCUCACCGUUCCUAGGAACUCAGGGAGACGCACUCGGGUCUUUCUGACCAAGCACGGCCCGUCUGUCGUCCCAUCUCCCCCAAAGCAGGCGAUGGCGCAGAAAUUCAGAGACGUGAGAGACGGAACCCCCAAGCACAGAAAGCAGAUAGGAACAAGCAAACCAGGACGAAUUCCUUUGCCAUAUCGAGAACGACCCGGAGAGCCAGAAAAGGAAGCUCACGGAGGCCGGCGAGUCCCGCUCUUCAAAUCCCUAGGUCCAAUUAAGAGCGGCAAUCGUCAUCCCAAAGGCAACUAGAAAAGCUGACCAAGCAUUUCCUGACACGCCGGUCUGCCUUAAGCUGCAUGGUGUGAUAGACCACCGUGGGG